AUGGAUAAUGCAAAAAAUGAGAAUACUGAUAAUUGCUCCAAUCCCUUGUCCCUACCCACAAAUGAUUUAAAAAUAGAAGAACGUGAUGAUAAAUCAAGAGAACAUGAGUCCACUGAUGACAAUCAUGAAGGUGUUGUAAACCAAAAUGGCAUUUACAGAACUGCUGUUUUUAAUAAGAAGAGGAUUAAAAUUUAUCAAUACAAAACUUUCCCAAAAGAUUAUCUACAAAGCGUAUACGAAUUGUUGGGAAGUGAAUUAUCUGAACCAUAUAACAUUUUUUUACUUAAAACGAUUUUGAAGAACUAUAGCGAAAUUGCACUAAUGGUAUGUAAAUCUUUAAUGUCUGUUAAUGAAUAUGCAGUGCUGCACCAUUUGUUUUAUUUUUAUACAUGA